AGGUGAUUGACACAUCAUCCAUCCAAUGGGUGUGCAGCUGACGCCCAUGACUCCAUUGUGAUUGGUCAUUGUUUGGUAUAUAUCCUUCUCGCGGCCAUUCCUAUUCCUCUUUCUUUCACGCGACCCUCUUGUGUCCGAUAUUACCUUGUCUUUAAACCAGCUGUUAAGCGAUCCUUGGAAGCACUGCAAAGAUGCCCAGGGAAGACAGGGCCACGUGGAAGUCCAACUAUUUUAUGAAAAUCAUCCAACUUCUGGAUGACUUUCCAAAAUGCUUCAUUGUGGGUGCAGACAAUGUGGGAUCUAAGCAGAUGCAGACCAUCCGUCUGUCUCUGCGUGGCAAGGCCGUGGUGCUGAUGGGCAAAAACACCAUGAUGCGCAAAGCCAUUCGUGGCCACCUGGAGAACAAUCCUGCCUUGGAGAAGCUACUGCCUCACAUUAAAGGAAAUGUGGGCUUUGUCUUCACCAAGGAGGAUCUGGCUGAGAUCAGAGACCUGCUGCUGGCAAACAAGGUACCUGCAGCUGCCCGUGCUGGUGCCAUCGCCCCUUGUGAUGUGGUUGUGCCAGCCCAGAACACUGGUCUGGGUCCUGAGAAGACCUCUUUCUUCCAGGCUCUGGGUAUCACCACAAAGAUCUCCAGGGGAACCAUUGAAAUCUUGAGUGAUGUCGGUUUGAUCAAGACUGGGGACAAGGUUGGUGCCAGCGAGGCCACACUCCUCAACAUGCUGAACAUCUCACCCUUUUCCUACGGACUCAACAUCCAGCAGGUGUAUGACAAUGGCAGCGUUUACAGUCCUGAGGUGCUUGACAUCACAGAGGCUUGUCUGCAUGCCAGGUUCCUGGAGGGUGUGAGGAACAUCGCUAGUGUGUGUCUGGAGAUUGGCUACCCCACUUUGGCCUCUGUCCCCCACACAAUCAUCAAUGGCUACAAGAGAGUACUGGCUGUUGCUGUGGAGACGGACUACUCCUUCCCCCUGGCAGAUAAGGUCAAGGCCUUCCUGGCUGACCCAUCUGCUUUUGUAGCUGUUGCAGCACCUGCAGCAGCUGCUGAGACUGCUGCAGCACCAGCUGCUAAGGAGGAGGUCAAGGAGGAGUCUGAGGAAUCGGAUGAUGACAUGGGCUUCGGUCUGUUCGACUAAUUAAAAAUACAGCGAACAAACCAGAUAUGAGUCAAAUAACAUCAUGAUUCAAUAAAGUCUCUUAGAUCCAUCUA